AUGGCCAAAACUUCAAAGAUCAAGAAAGAUCCAACAGGUGAUUUUCCCUCGACUCCCCUCUUCCUUCCCGGCACACAAAUCUCAAAACUUCGCACAUUCUCACACAAAAGGUUCACAGCGAAUCCGCGAUCCCGGGCCUCAAAGCGAGCCACGUCCCCGUCCAUCGACGUUGACAAAUCCAUCAGAGACGCCCCGCGCGCCUCGGACGCCACGCCAAUCCUGGCCGCUCGUCCCAACGGCGGGAUCACCAAGCCGAAGCGGAAACAGAAGCCUCUUUCCCGCGGGCAACGGCGCAGACAUGAAAAAGGGUUGGCCAGGGCAGAGAUGGUGCAAGAUCAGCAUGCGAGAAAGAUCGAAGAUGCUUCACAUCGCCUGAAGAAGAGGCGCGAGAGGAAGGGCAUGUGGGAGGAGGUUAACGGGACAAACAAAUUCGACAAGUUAAGAGCAGCCCUUGGUGAUGACGACGCAAAUGAGAAUGACGAGGAUGAAUGGGUAGAUGACAACAUGGAAGAGGUCGAGAACGAGGGUGGUAAUGUUGAGAUUCUUGAAAAGUCGACGACAAUUUCCAAGGCGAAGCUAGUAGUGGUAGACCGGACGGCAUCAUCUGUCACAGCGGCCACCGCACCCAACACGACGACGGAGGAGGAGGACGAAGCGGACAAGAUAACAUAA